CUUUGUUAUACCAUGCAGCUCGUAUGUACUUUUUAAAAGAUUAUCCGCCAUUUGUGAAAUGAAAGGAUGGACUCGGAGUUCCCUGGAGUGGUGGACCUAAGUGUGUCCUGAACGCAUUAUCGUACGUUGUUGUCAACUCUGACAAAAGACGAGGAAAGUUCUUUGGCGGCGAUGUUUACCGGACAACUUCCUUAAAAAAUUUAUAUAAAGACAAAGAUUGCAGAUAUUUCGUAGAAGCUUACGAUCUCACAUUCAAAGCAAUUUUGCAUUUCUUGCAAUACGACGAGCUACCGCUUCAAGAAACAAGUGAAACUGUAGGCGUUCUUUUUUUGGCUUUUUCGCUCGCUUAUUUGGUGAUAGUACAAGUCGAUAUUCAGCUAAAGAGAUCGAGUUGCUGUAUAGAGAUUCAAAAACUCUGGGUCUGAAAAGUCUUACCCGAGCAUUAGAAAAAUUUCAGCCAAUUGUUGUCAUCAGUAAAAUGGACAAAUACCGGAAGUCGAUCCGAGAUUACAAUGACGCAAUGGCUGUCAUACUCGAUAUAAUUCCUGCUGAGUCAUUGUUCCAUAAAACGAACCUUACUCUGAGAAUAAAACAAGCUUUACAGACCACAGAUGAGGAAAAAUGUUGCGAGCACGAAUGUAGAAUAAUACACUGGGCUUCUUUUCAACAACCGUAUUACCUUUCUAUAGAGGCUAUAGUAAAAGUUCCUUUCGAAGUUAACCCAACUGUCCUUUCAGCUCUUACUAUUGACCUUCAAAAACGAGGAUUUAUUGUUCAAGGGCAAAUGACAAUUUGUGGAUUUGAAUGUAAAAAAGAAGUAAAGCAGUCCAAGUUUAUCGUGUUUGGUGGACAGAGGAAUAAUUGCUGUGCAGAGGAGCUGUUUCUGUUGACUUUUAAGUGGGACACAGAAGCUGAUGUUGUGACACAUCCGGGUCUUUUCGGGACAAAACAUACGAAAGUUGGCCAGCAAGCUAGUCUGUUCGGCGAACAACAAAAUACAGGAUUUUCACUUGGGGCCGCACCACAGAACCAAACAGGAUCCGGGCUUUUCGGUGGUAAUCAGCAAGGACAUUUUGGACAACAUCAGGCAUUUGGGUUUGGUGCUCCGCAACAGGCGGAAAGCAAUGUUCAGGGUAGCACAUUUCCCUUUGUACAACAAGAAACAGGAUUUGGUUCUACACAACAGCAAUUCCCUUUGACAAAGAGAGGUAGUUUUGGCUUUGGUGGAGGGCAAAUGGGAAGUGGAUUUGAUGCUGGGCAGCAGUCGGGACCUUUCGCUCAGGGGAAUAGUUUUGGCACAAAUACAGGACAACAGCAGCAGUCAGUUUUUGGUCAACCACUCCAGCAAAAUGAUUCGUUAUGGGGAUCAUCACAAAUUCAAACGCAACAAGGCUCAAACCUAUUUGGCUUGUCAGCAUUUAGCAAACAGCAAAGUGUGACAUCAAAUCAAAAUGUGUUUAGUGCAAACCAUAGCAUUUUCUGUGGUAAACCAAAGUCCUUUGGCCAGGCGCAGAACAUGCAACAGAAAGUGGGUACAGGGGUGUUUCAUUCAGUUCUCCACAGAAACAACAGACCACUUCGUUUGCAGCAAAAGCUUCGGAGUUCCAGCAAAACUCUCAGUCAUUGUUUGGCUCACCACCUAACAAAACCCAACGUGUAUUUGGUGGAAAAUCAUCGUCUGAAAGCAAAUUCGAUACUCUAAACGACAAACCACAGUUAUUGUGAAACCUGGUACAGAAAGUUCAGCAGACGACAAAAAUAAAAUGAUGUUCGGAAAGUCAGUUGCUACGGAAGGUGUGUUUAAAACAAAAGACAACAAAGAGUCUUCAGAAGCUGUAAAACAGGAGCAAGUUUAAAAAAGGGACUGUGCUAAUUUAUCCAUAAUUCACCGCUAGUUAUUUGGUCGAAAGAUAUAUGGACCGUAACAACCGCCGUCUGGUGGGAAACGUGUUUUUAUUCCUACAAGAAGGUUCUUAAACAUGACUGAUAAUUUCUUACCUUCAAGCGGGUCUGAAAGCUGGUCUAUUUUUUUUUACGUGCCGAGAGGGUUUCAUAUACUUACCAGUUUGUUCUAUAGAGUAAUGAGAGAUUUCAUCCGCGCAGUCUGGUCAGGAUCCAUGCUGUCCAUUUUUCAAUGCCUAUUGCAUUUAGAGAAACUGUUAGCGAACAGCAUGGAUCCUGACCAGACUGCGCGGAUGCGCAGGCUGGUCUGAAUCCAUGCUGGUCGCAAACGCACUUUGUUGGUUUUCCCAUAGCACGGCUUAUAUAUACAUUUGUUUUUGCUCUCAUUAAAUGCAUACUAAGGAAUAGUUUGAAUUAUUUUUCUGAUUAAUGUUGUUCACUAUAUACAUGUCAUACUUGUUAACGAGUAUGACAGUAUGUUUUGUAUGUAAAUAAUUGAUACAAAUGUUAUGUUUUUAAAAUUACAUGUAAUCUCCUCCGGUUUUUUUUAAUAUCAAGGGAUGUGCUUCUUGUAGAAUAAUGUGCUAAAUGAUUGAAAUAUUACCUGUCAUCAUAUAGUAUAGACUUAUUGAGGGGGCCUCCGUGGUCUCACAGCUAUAACAAGAAGUAUUGUCAAGCUAUUAAAAUAGUUUGGUAAUUAUGUAAUAAAUGUACAUGUAUGUACUUUAAUUUGAGGUAUAAAGCAUAAUAUAUUGCUACUAGUCGUUUUAAACAAAUUGCAUUUUAUAUUCUAAAUAAAAUCAAAGUAUUAUA